CAACAAUGUGUGGGUUAGUCGCUUUAAAACUUGUAAUUGAUCGCUAUAUUCGACACAGUUGAACAAUUUUUGCUGUUCAAUUGAGUAAGCCCUAGAAGGAAGUUUUGUACAUAUACUACGCAUUACUUUUUUGAAUGAAUGCAGUUGGAAAUAAUAACGGUUUUGUAGUGAUUACUUUUUUCACAAAAUAUUUCUCAAACUGAAGUCGGAUAUUGGUCUAGUUUAGGAAUAUCUGAACUAAAGAAAUGGCAUCUGUACAAGGGUUCAAGUAUCUCCCACUGGGCAUGAGUUUCUCGGGAAUUCUGCAGUUAGCUGGAUAUGUGUCUCCCGGAUGGUACAGGUCUAAAAGUGGAGAUUACAGCACUCAGUCGAGUCUAUGGUAUAGAACGAUAUGUACUGAGACCUGUGAAACAAGCUCUCUUUAUAAGGAUUAUGAGGGGUAUCACCCAUAUAGGCCAUGGCAAAUACAAACGACUAUCGCUCUGUUAGCAUGUGUGGUUGCCGUCAUUUGCCUUAUAAAGACGAGAAAUACAGCUGGUGCGAUAAUGAUAAAGUGGCUCACAAACGGUGUAUACUGUUCUUUAUUGUCAGGGAUCUUGUCUCUAGUGCCAGCGGGAACUGUCGCAGACAUUGUGCGUUCUAGUGAGGAUGAGAAUUCCCUAUUUCCGUAUUCACUACUUCUAACUGGACUCGGUGGAAGCCUCGCUUUGGUAAUAUCUCUAAUAUCUUUAUAUUAUGUGCAGUCGAGGCAGACGACAAAUGAACAAGGAGUCCAUUUAUCCUCAAUGUAAUAACAUCGUUUUUUAUCUUUACGUGAAAGGAUGUCAAAUCGACUUGGGUAAAAAGCAAUGCAUACAGCUAUAUAUCAUGGUGAAUGCUGUCCUUUUGAUUUUGAAAAUAAAUAGAAACUUUAGGUAUACAAUAGUUGGAUUUUCUCCUAAAAUGACAUGCCAUCACAAUGUAUGAUGACACCCAUCACGUAAUUAUGACACAAUUUAUCGUAGCAUGUAAUGACGACACCAAUGGACAUUUAGUUGCGGUUACAAGUUUGUAUAAUAUUGUUUAUAUCACAAUAUAUACUGUGUUUAUAAAAAUGAAAUGUAUUCAAUACGUUAAUCAGCGAGUUUUUACAAGUGUUUCAGUCUGUUUGUAAUAAAACUAAACCAUACACAUUUAUGUUGUGAUAUGUUUAUUAAUUCACUCAUUUGUUUGUAAAGAAAUAUGCUAUGUCUCCUUAUAUAUGAAUGAAACAGUACAUAUUUAAUACAAUACUUCUACUCAUUCAAUUCAUUAUUUAUAAGAAUGAUACUGUAUACAUUAAAUAAUAUAGUUUUUUUUUUGUUGCAUUCAGUUCUUCGUUUAUAAAAAUAAUUCAAUAUACAUGGAAUAAAAUACUUUUACUCAUUCA